AUGCACGCCCACCGCCUGCCGCUGUUCCUCCUGUACGCCUGGAGGGCUCUCCUCCAGGCAGGUGCCACGACGGUGGCCCCAGUGCCCCUACGCACGUUGGGGCAGCCCUCGUCGCCGUCCCCUCUCGCAUAUAUGCUGAGCCUGUACCGCGAGCCGCAGCCCCGGGCGGACAUCAUCCGCAGCCUGCAGGCUCAAGAUGUGGAUGUGGAUGGGCAGAACUGGACCUUUGCUUUUGACUUCUCCUUCCUGGGCCAAGAAGAGGAUCUGGCGUGGGCUGAGCUCCGGCUACAGCUGUCCAGCCGUGUGGCCCUUCCUCCUGAUGUCCCACUGUCCAUUCAGAUUUUCCACCAGCCGAAGCUGGACGAGGAUCAGGACCCACCCGACUGCCUGGAACGUCUUCAAAUGGACCUAUUCACUGUUACUCUGUCCCAGAUUACCUUUUCCUCAGGCAGCAUGGUCCUGGAAGUGACCAGGCCACUCUCCAAGUGGCUGAAGCACCCUAGGGAGCUGGGGGAGCAGAUGUCCAGUUUGGCUGGGGAGUGUUGGCGGCGGCCUUCCACACCACCUGUCACCGACGUGGUCCUCAUGCUCUACUCCAACCUCUCCCCAGAGCAGAGGCGGCUGGGGGGCUCCACCCUGCUGUGGGAAGCUCAGAGCUCCUGGCGGGUCCAGGAGGGACAGCUUUUCCAGGAGAGGGGCGGGAGGCACCGUCGAUAUCACUUGCAGGACAGAAGCCAACUGUGUCGGAAGGUCAAGUUCCAGGUGGACUUCAAUCUGAUUGGUUGGGGCUCCUGGAUCAUCUACCCCAAGCAGUACAAUGCUUAUCGCUGCGAGGGCAAGUGUCCUAACCCCGUAGGGGAGGAGUUCCAUCCGACCAACCACGCAUACAUCCAGAGUCUGCUGAAACGGUACCAACCCUACAGGGUACCUUCCACCUGCUGUGCCCCAGUGAAGACCAGGCCCUUGAGUAUGCUAUACAUGGACAAUGGUAGAGUCCUUCUAGACCAUCAUAAAGACAUGAUCGUGGAAGAAUGUGGGUGCCUGUGAGGAGCUCCUGCAGGUGUGCUGGAUUUGCCCAUACCCUGGAAGGCUGGGAAGCU